CGGGGGCGCCCCCACCCCGCACUUGCAGGUCACUUGCACGGCUGAAGCGUGACUACCAGGUCCUCUCCGCAGAGGCAGCAACUGUUACAUGUUGGCCCAGCAGCAGCCUAAGACUUCUCAGCCCUCCAGCCACCGUGGCCCUGCUUCUGCCGCCUCUCCUGAAAGGACUUGGGAUUUUUGACUCUGUCACUGUGACCGGCAAACCCACGGCGCCCAUCUCUCCGCGAGACACAGGACUUCUUCCUCGAGAUCGAGAUCAAAAGAGGAGCCUGGAGUGAUACCGCGUGGGGCUCCUCGAGAACGUGGACUGACGUGCUGGGGCCCGAGGAGCUGCUUCCUGGGGGCUUCCUGGCCCAUGUGUGGGGGGCACAGGAUCGGACUGACGCCGCCUGGGGGUCGAGCCCAGCUCGCAGCCUCACGCCCUCCGCCUCGGGGGACGCCGUGCGGCCUUUCUCCCACGAGUGUGAAGUGCGAGGUUACUCUACAAGAGGAAGAUUCUAGGGGCUUAAAAUCGCAAAGGUUUGCACCUUGGAAGCCCCUUGGAAUGUUGACAGCUCAGGAUCUAAAAGAAUUUUUUGUGUUAGUGAGUCACAGAAUUUAUGUGGAAGUAAAUGUCACUUUAUAAUCGAUACUAAUACUGAGUGAGGAACACUAUGCAGGAAGAAAUCUUCCGUAGAAAGACAGGCAGGGAAAAGCUUAGGCCGACCUUACACCUACCGGAUAGAGCAAGCCUGAGAUAAGCCGCCAGGAUGGCCACAUAAGAGACUGUGUGAGCCAGCAGCUCUGUGACUGUAGUAGCGCUUAGGGAACGUUGUCCUCUGAGUCACGAUACCAAAUAGGAAAAAUGAUCUACAAGUGCCCCAUGUGCAGGGAAUUUUUCUCUGAGCGAGCAGAUCUUUUUAUGCAUCAGAAAAUUCACACUGCUGAGAAGCCCCAUAAAUGUGACAAGUGUGAUAAGGGUUUCUUUCACAUAUCAGAACUUCAUAUUCACUGGCGAGACCACACUGGAGAGAAGGUCUAUAAAUGUGAUGAUUGCGGUAAGGAUUUUAGCACCACCACAAAGCUUAACAGACACAAGAAAAUCCACACAGUGGAGAAGCCCUAUAAAUGCUAUGAGUGUGGCAAAGCCUUCAAUUGGAGCUCCCACCUUCAGAUUCACAUGAGAGUGCACACAGGCGAGAAGCCCUACGUCUGCAGUGAGUGUGGAAGGGGCUUCAGUAAUAGCUCAAACCUUUGCAUGCAUCAGAGAGUGCACACCGGAGAGAAGCCCUUCAAAUGUGAGGAGUGUGGGAAGGCCUUCAGGCACACUUCCAGCCUCUGCAUGCAUCAGAGGGUGCACACCGGGGAGAAGCCCUAUAAAUGUUACGAGUGCGGGAAGGCCUUCAGCCAGAGCUCGAGCCUCUGCAUCCACCAGAGGGUGCACACCGGGGAGAAGCCCUAUAGAUGUUGUGGGUGUGGAAAGGCCUUCAGCCAGAGCUCGAGCCUCUGCAUCCACCAGAGAGUGCACACCGGGGAGAAGCCGUUUAAGUGUGACGAGUGUGGGAAGGCCUUCAGCCAGAGCACCAGCCUCUGCAUCCACCAGCGGGUGCACACAAAGGAGAGGAACCAUCUCAAAAUAUCAGUUAUAUAAAGCGUUUUGCUAAGCGUUAAAAAUCUUAAAACCCAUAAGUGCCACUAGGAAGGAAACCCUGUAAAUACCUACAUUGACCCAA